ACAUAUACAUGUAUGCGCGAAAAAGUAGUCAAAAGAUAUGUCAGAGUACUGAAACGAUCUCAAUAGAGCAAUUCCAUGAAAUAUGUGUGAAUUCCAUCGACAACUGAUGGAUUUUUCAUGUUCCCAAAAAACACCCUCACAACUCCCAUUGCAGAGCACAAGUCUGAAUCAAUCGAUGGAAAAUGAGAAAAAAAGUUGAGAUUUUUGCCAUCCGGAUUGCGUGUUUGAAGCUCCGCCUUAUAACAAAAUCGAACUCGGGUUCCAUAUAAUAUGGGUUCGCGUUUUCAUUGCCACAUUGCUCCUUCCCAGGUGGAUUUAGAGCUUUCUGGAUUUGAUUGCACGAACCCUUUGUUCUGAAACGUGAUUUCAACUCUGGGUUUUGAAUUGCUUAAACCCCGACUACGACUUGUUUCUUCUGUUAUUUGUUUGCUGGGAUGGAGGCGCGUGAACGCUAGUGAGUCUUCAUUUUGUUUUGAUUUUGGCGCCAUGUCUGCCUUGUCCGUCGUCGGACGACGGCUAGCCAAGGAGAUCCGGCCUUCACUGUUCGACACGAACCCAGUUCUUCCUUCUCUCGAACGCGCCAACAAGCUCCUCAAGUUGUGCGCCGACUCAAGCAAUCUGAGGGUUGGCGAAUCGAUUCAUGCUCAGUUGAUCAUAAGGGAUCAAGCGUCUCGGGCCGAGAACUUGUUCCAGGCCAAUUCUCUGAUCAAUCUCUACUCAAAAUGUGGGAAAGUGAUACGUGCACGCAAGUUGUUUGAUAUAAUGACGGAAAGAGAUGUGAUAUCAUGGAAUUCGAUUAUGUGGGUUUAUUUACAUUCUGGGUUUGAAUCGGAAGUUCUGAAAAUGUUCAAAAGCAUGUUCUUUUCCGGUGAACCGAUGCCAAAUGAGUACAUAGCCACAGUUGUUUUGGGUUCUUGUUCUGUCGGUCGGAGCAUUGAAGAAGGUAAGCAGUGUCAUGGGUAUGUUUUAAAAGCCGGGUUGCUUUCUCAUGAGUUUGUGCAGAAUGCCCUUGUCUAUAUGUACUCGAGGUGUUUGCGUGUAGAAGAGGCUAUACGACUUCUGGAUGAAUUCCCGCAUCCUGGCGUGCUUGCUUUUAAUUCGGCUUUGAGCGGAAUUCUGGAUCACGGGUUUGCGAGAGAAGGAACUGAUAUUUUGAGAAGGAUGGCUCAAGAAGAUUUGAGGUGGGACAGCUCCACUUAUGUAUCAGUUUUAAGGCUCUGCAGCAAUCUCAGAGAUUUGAAAUCGGGUCUGCAAAUUCAUGGCCAUAUGUUAAGAGAUGGUUUGGAGCGUGAUAUUGUGACAAAUGGUGUGAUGAUUAAUAUGUAUGCGAAAUGUGGUAAGAUUGAGUAUGCUCAGAGAAUUUUUGAUGGUUCAAUGACUCGAAACGUGGUGUUAUGGACAUCGGUUAUGGAUGCAUACUACCAGAAUAAGUGUUUUGAGGAAGUUAUGAAUCUGCUUACAAAGAUGGACCUUGAAGGUGUUUCUCCCAAUGAGUUCACUUUCUCGAUCUUGUUAAAUUCCACUGCAGAUUUAUCUCUGCUAAGACACGGCGAUGUUUUGCAUGGACGAAUUGUGAAAUCGGGUUUCAAGAACCAUGUAAUGGUUGGCAACGCUUUGAUUAACAUGUAUUCCAAGAGCGGCAGUUUAGGAGAUGCAGAGAAAGUAUUCUCCAGGACAACUUAUCGAGACAUAAUUACAUGGAACAUGAUGAUAUGUGGAUACUCACACCAUGGAAUGGGGAAAGAAGCUCUCAAGACCUUUAGUAACAUGUUGAUCUCCCGAGAGAUUCCAAACUAUAUAACUUUUUCUGGAGUUUUAUGUGCUUGUAGCCAUUCGGGUCUAUUGCAAGAAGGAUUGUAUUGCUUUAAUCGCCUAAUGAAGCAAUUCGGUGUUGAACCUGGUCUAGAGCAUUACACAUGCAUCGUUGCACUUCUGAGCAAAGCCGGAAUGUUUGCCAAGGCUGAGCAUCUCCUGAGGACAGCUCCUGUCGAAUUUGAUACUGUUGCUUGGCGGGUUUUGCUCAAUGCUUGUUAUGUACGCCGGAACUACAGCCUAGGAAAACGGGUGGCAGAAUUUGUGGUAGAGAUGGAUCCAAAAGAUGUGGCAACCUACACACUGCUGUCCAAUAUCCACGCCAAAUUAAAGGAGUGGGAGGGAGUAGCGAAAGUUCGUUCUUUGAUGCGAGAUAGGCAGGUCAAGAAGGAACCUGGAGUAAGCUGGAUAGAGAUACGAAACGUGACUCAUGUUUUUGUUUCAGAGGACAGUCAACACCCUGAGAUAAGGCGGAUUUAUGCAAAGGUGAGGGAAAUUUUGUCAAAAAUUAGACCUUUAGGCUAUUCUCCCGAUGUUGCCGGAGUUUGCCACGAUGUAGAGGAAGAACAGAAGGAAGAUAACCUCUCUUACCAUAGCGAAAAGCUUGCUGUGGCGUAUGGACUAAUGAAAACGCCCGAGAGAUCGCCUUUGCACAUCUUCAAGAACUUGAGGAUAUGUGAUGAUUGUCACUCUGCCAUGAAGCUUAUCUCGAGUCUCUCGAGCCGAGUGAUAAUUAUCAGAGAUGCUGCUCGGUUUCAUCAUUUCCGAGAUGGAGAAUGUUCUUGUGGUGAUUACUGGUGAAGAUAUAUAAAUAGAAAGCUGAAUCCCAUGGAGGCAAAACUCACAAGAAUUGGAUGACAUUUCAGGUUCGAAAACAUUGGUUUUUUGGACAGAUUCAUCUUCUACAAAGUUCUCCAAGUUAGAUCCUUCCUUCAACCCUAUUGCUGUUAAAACUCUCUGCAACUCAGGUGCGUCGAUGAACCCAUCUCUGUUUUCAUCAAAG